AUGACGAGCACGGCAACCUGGACCCCACGCUGCUCUGUGGACGAAGCGGACAAAAUAAUCACAAGAUCGGGAAGUCUAUUCGAGAUUGAGAGCCGUGUCGUCGAUGGGAGAGUCUUGAAAGUCUGGAAAAAUCUCUGGCCAUCCACACGGGAAUUCUUCUUGAAAUGGACCAAGGAGCACGCUGACAAAACUUAUGUGGUAUACGAGAAACAGCGCUUCUCCUUCCAGGAAAUGCUAGAAAUGGCUGUUAAAUGUGCGGCCAUGUUUAGAGAUGUUUACGGUGUUAAGAAGGGUGAUCGAGUCGUUAUCUGCUCUCGAAAUCUUCCAGGUUACUACGUCGUGUUCUGGGCUUGUCACCUUCUCGGCGCUGUAACUGCUCUCGUUAAUGCGUGUCUAUCUAUAGACCGCCUCAGACGCUGUAUCAUACUCACAAAAUGCAGGCUGGUCAUCUUUGAUCCCGAGCGAGCCGAUAAUAUCGAACCGAUCGCUGCUGACAUUAAGGGCGCAUCGGGCAUUGAGGGAUAUCUGGUCCUUGAGGAUCACGAAGGCAAAGGCCACUGGGAAGGCAUGGAUGUUUGGAGCAAAGUAUUCCUCCAGUACCAUAAGGAUCCAGGAGAAAUACUGUGUGACAAUCCUCACAUUGUUCCGGAGGAUAAUGCAACGAUUAUAUUUACGUCGGGAACUACUGGCCUACCAAAGGGUGUUCUAAGCUCACAGCGUGCAUUCCUGACUCUCGUGUUGACUUCAAUGUCUUUGACUGCAAGGGGCUAUAUUCGGCGAGGCGAACCAUUCCCUCCAUUACCUGUUUCAGGUCCUCAGAAGGGAGCUUUGAUUUCAUCGCCAUUGUUCUACAUCAGCGGAAUCACUCUGAGCCUUCUUGGUACUUGUUUCGGACUCAAACUUAUUUUGAUGCGGAAAUGGAGUGCUUUACAAAUUAAUGCUUUCAGACUUUGCAGAGAAGAGAACAUUGUCAUGACAGGAGGUCCACCAUCACUUCUAAUUGAUCUCCUCGAUAGCCCGUCAUCAGGUCUAACCUUGGAGAAUGUUGGCGUCGCAGGUGCCCCAGUCUCACCGACUCUUCUCCAGAGAACGAAGGAGGCUUUCCCCCUUGCAACAAUAAGACAUUUGUACGCUCUCACUGAGAGUAAUGCCACAUCGGUAUCAUUCGAUGGGCCGGAUUUUAUCGCCAAGCCAGAUAGCUGCGGUUUUGUAUCUCCGGUCAACGAGAUUUUAAUAAUGAAAGACCAUGUCAGAGCUGCUCCGGGGGAGGUGGGAGAGGUCUGGCUUCGUGGUCCCAACGUGAUGAAAGGGUAUUAUGAAGAUCAAGCCGCUACGGACAAGGUACUCACCAAAGAUGGAUGGUUGAUGACGGGUGAUCUUGGCUGCGUCGAUGAAGAAGGGUAUGUCUACAUUAAAGACAGGAUUGAAGACAUCAUUUUUCGUGCCGGGGAGAGCAUUGACCCUAUUUCCGUGGAGAACGCCCUGUACACCGAACCAGCUGUUCUCGAAGCAGCUGCAGUGAGGGUACCCGAUGAUAGGCUGUGCCAGCUAGUGACCGCAUUGGUCACCCUCAAACCUGGGUAUCACGGAAAGAUCAGCGAGGAAAAACUUUUGGAGACUGCGAGGAAACUGUUACCGCCGUCCGCCGUCCCGGUCAUGAUUAUUUUGAAGGAUGGGGAGUUUGAUCAUACGCCUUCUGGCAAGAUAAUCAAGGUGCAGUUAAGAGCAAUAGCACAGGAAGAGUGGGUACGCAGAAAGAAGGAAAAUACGCAGAUGGAUGAAGCGAAAUCCACGUUGUAA